GUUACCCCAACAAGCACAAUUCCAGAGACAACCACUGCCACAACUGACACAACCACUACAACGCCAACAACAGAAUUAACAACCGCAACUUUGUACACAACACAACCUACUACAACACAAAAAACAGCAGAAACAACCACACUGACAACAACUAGCACCCCAACAAGCACAUUUCCAGGGACAACCACUGCUACAAAUGAAGCAUCCACAACACCAACAACAGAAUCUGCCACGACAACUUUAUAUACAACACAGUCUACAACAACAGCAGAAACUACUUCAGUGACAACUACUGUUACCCCAACAAGCACAAUUCCAGAGACAACCACUGCGACAACUGAAACAUCCACUACAACAUCAACAUCAGAAUCUGCCACCACAACUUCAUACACACCACAAACACCAACAUCAGCAGAAACAAGCACAUUGACAACAACAAGCACCCCAACAAGCACAAUUCCAGAGACAACCACUGCGACAACUGAAACAUCCACUAUAACACCAACAACAGAAUCUGCCACCACAACUCUAUACACAACACAACCUACAACACCACCAACAUCAGCAGAAACAACCACAUUGACAACAACUAGCACCCCAACAAGCACAAUUCCAGAGACAACUACUGCUGAAUCUGCCACGACAACUUUAUAUACAACACAGUCUACAACAACAGCAGAAACUACUUCAGUGACAACUACUGUUACCCCAACAAGCACAAUUCCAGAGACAACCACUGCGACAACUGAAACAUCCACUACAACAUCAACAUCAGAAUCUGCCACCACAACUUCAUACACACCACAAACACCAACAUCAGCAGAAACAAGCACAUUGACAACAACAAGCACCCCAACAAGCACAAUUCCAGAGACAACCACUGCGACAACUGAAACAUCCACUACAACAUCAACAUCAGAAUCUGCCACCACAACUCUAUACACAACACAACCUACAACAACACCAACAUCAGCAGAAACAAGCACAUUGACAACAACAAGCACCCCAACAAGCACAAUUCCAGAGACAACCACUGCGACAACUGAAACAUCCACUAUAACACCAACAACAGAAUUAACAACCGCAACUUUGUACACAACACAACCUACAACACCAGCGACAUCAGCAGAAACAACCACACUGACAACAACUAGCAUCCCAACAAGUACAAUUCCAGGGACAACCACUGCUACAACUGACAUAACC